UUUAUAUAAAUAGCUAGUAGUUCAUAUUAUUUGGGGGCUUAACCCUAGAGCCGCCUGAAGUAGGGUAGAGAAACAGAGUUAAUCGGUAAAGAUGCUUCGGAUCCUGCUUAACAAGCGAGCAAAUGAGAGUGGUGGAGUUGUUCAGAGGUUGCCCCCUGAAACUGUUAAAGUUGUUUGUCCUGAUCAUCUUGUUUUAGCUGAUCUUCCUGUAGCCAAGAGCCUUGGUUCAGUAAAUCCUGCAUCUCUGCUCAAAACUGUUGGCCGGAGGUCCCUGCGCCCGCCUGGUAAACGAGUACAUAUUUGUAUCUGCUGCGACUUUCCAAUUGCUGUUUAUGGACAUCUGGUCAGUAUACAAUACAAUCUUCAACCCUUUAACUUUUGCCCUAAUUUUUGUGUCUGUUGGACUUCCUAAUUGCUAUUUAUGGACCUCUGGUGAUUAUAGAAUGUUCAGUGUUUUAACCUUUUUUCCCUAAGUUGCUUGGA